AUGUCUCUCCGCCGCACUCUCCUCCGUCCGCGACUGCCUGCCAUAGGCCGGCCCUUUUCAGCACCCUCGCCAAUCAGGAGUCAAUCAACUCAUGCCCCCUUCACAUAUCGACUCGGCGCAUCAUCCAGCGGCAAAUCCAGCGGCGUAUCCCCUCCGAAUGAUAUCAACACUUUCCCUCAGUCGCUGCUGGACCGCGACGACCCCUACUUCAGCUCGAAUGAUCGAUAUUCUGGUGAAGAUGCCUUUUUCAUGGCCAAGAUUGCUCGCAGCGAUAGAUACGUUGUAUUUGGUCUCGCCGAUGGUGUAGGAGGUUGGAGAGACUCGGGUAUUGACCCUGGGAGAUACUCGCACGGUUUGUGCAAAUACAUGGCGACCAAGACACACCGUCCAGAGACAGAAGGAGAUUUGAAGCCUCGCAACCUGCUGCAAUUCGGCUAUGAGAAGGUCAUGAGUGAUCGAAGCAUCCAAGCUGGAGGCUGCACUGCCUGCAUUGGCGCUAUUGAACCCUCGGGCGCUCUCGAGGUCGCCAAUCUCGGAGAUUCUGGCUUCCUCAUCCUCGCGCCUGGCAAGGUCUCAUUCAUGUCGCCUGCACAGACACACGCCUUCAACACGCCGUACCAGCUCAGCAAGCUUACAGAACGCAUGAAGGCCCAGAACCGCAUCUUUGGCAACAGCGCUCAGAUCUCCGAGACUCCUGCUCAGUCAGACGUCACAAACCACAAGCUACACCACGGCGAACUCGUCAUCUUCGCGACUGAUGGCGUACUGGACAACUUGUCAGCCAUGGACAUACUCAAAAUCGUCCAACCCAUCAUGGAGAAGCGCGGCUACUGGUCUGCCGCAUCAUCCGCAAACCAAGGCGUCGAAUCAAAAGAAGCCAUCGUCAAGGCCGACAAGCUACGAGACCCCAAAGAACAGAAAAAUAUUGCAAACCUUCCAUCAGAACUGGCCUACGCCAUCAUGCGUAAUGCCAAAAUCGCCGGCCUCGACACCCGCAGAGAUGGUCCUUUCGCAAAGGAGGUCCACAAAUAUUUCCCCAAUGAAGAGUACCACGGCGGCAAACCUGACGAUAUCGCUGUCAUCGUUGCUCUUGCCAUUCAAGAUGGUAAUCCCAAGGCAAAGCUUUGAGCUUGCCGCAUACAUAAACAACAUUUGCAUUGGUUUUGGAGUUUGAGACGGUUUCUCGAUUGCAUUGGAGAUGGCUUUUGAUUUUGGUCUUGAUUUUUAGAUUCGCGUAGAUAUGCGAUCAUCUCGCUUUUGAAUAGGAAAGGAC